AUGGAUAGAGCAAGAGCACUGCACGGUUACAGGGGACUCAUAAGAGCGAUCCUCAAAUACGAAAGGCCGAGCAAGGUGGCCAAUUGGGAGACUUUGCGAAAGACAAUGAUUACGAAAUUGGAGUAUUUCAAGAAGCAAAAUCCGAAAAUCUCACACGAGGAUACCGACAAGCAACUGGCAAGCUGGAAGAAACUAGACCCUGUGAAUGACAGAUCUUUGAACUUGUAUGUAUCCGACUCUAAACAGCUGCGUUCUAUACUACAAAACGAUAUAAAGUGGGAUGAGAAAAUCGCCCAGGGCCAGAAUGUUGACGAGAUGUUCGAGCACACUUUCGACAUUAUCAGAUUCUUGGACAACCAAAGAGAGUACCAAGAACUGGUGGAUAGGUACAACCCCGGCAACAAGUUGACGCAGGACGAGAAGGUCAAAAGAACCGCAAACAUCGUCGGGUUGGACGUUCCGGCAUAG